AAGAAACAGGACCAUGAGCUUUUCAUCAGAUAUCAGGCUUGGUUUUGAGUCUCGGAUCACCCGACGCGCCAGCACUUUAAGCAAAUCAGUCGCAUUCUACCAUGUCGUUCAACAAGGAGAAACCAAGAGUUGGCAUCAUCGGAGCCGGAGUUGGCGGCCUCUCCAUGGCCAUUGCUCUUAAGAAGCAGCUCAACUUUGACAACUUUCUGAUAUUUGAGAAGGCGUCAGACAUCGGAGGAACGUGGCGAGACAACACUUAUCCAGGCUGUGCAUCCGACGUAGCUGGGCACUGGUAUUGUCUCUCAUACGAGCUAAACCCGAAUUGGUCUUCCCAUUUCGUUCUUCAACCUGAGAUUCUCGCCUAUUGGAAAGGUCUCGUCAAAAAAUACGGAUUGUGGAAAUACGUCGUUCUGAAUACAGCUCUUGUGAAUGCUGUAUGGGAUGAUGAUGCUCAGCACUAUCGUCUGACCUUGCGUGAUUUGAAAACAGGCAAGGAGUACGAAGAAAUUGUCGAAGCGCUAGUUAGUGCCUCCGGGGUCGUCACUGAACCGCGUUAUCCGAGCGAUCUUCCGGGGAUGAAAGAUUUCAAGGGUCCGAUAGUCCAUACUGCGCGGUGGCGGAAAGACAUUGAUCUCGCUGGGAAGACUGUCGGCGUCGUUGGUAAUGCCGCAUCAGCAGUCCAGUUUGUUCCGAGAAUAUCCGAGGACCCUUCCGUCAAAGUCAUUAACUUCUGCAGGACUCCGAACUGGUUUGCGUUUCGGUCUCACUUCAAAUACCCAGCCUGGGCCAAAUGGAUGUUUGCUCACGUCCCUGGCGUCAUGUGGGCGUACCGCGCGUUCCUCUACUUAAGUCAUGAAAUACUCUACAAACUUUUCCGAAAUGAGAACAAACUGUUGCAAGCAGCAGCACGCAAGGUAUUAACUACGGAGCUCAGGAGGCGAGUACCUAAAGAAUAUGCUGAUAAACUUGUCCCUUCAUACCCGCCAGGAUGUAGACGAAUCGUCAUCGACUCAGGGUACCUAAAGGCUCUACAUCAUCCGAAUGUACAACUCAACUGGGACGGAAUUGCCAAGCUCGAAUCCGACGGUCUAGUUACGAAGACUGGUCAGAAGAUAUCACUGGACGUUAUCGUGCUUGCUACGGGCUUCCACUUUUCCAAAUUAACGAUCGACGCGACAGGACCAGGAGGAUUGACUCUUCAGCAAUACUAUGAUUCCAAGGGUGGACCCACAGCAUAUCUGGGGACGACCGUUCCUGGGUUUCCUAAUCUCUUCAUGAUCUUGGGCCCGAAUAUCGCAACAGGCCACGCCUCAAUCAUCUUCAGCGAAGAAGCCCAAAUAAACUAUAUCAUGCAACUCCUUGCACCGAUUCUUUCACGUUCCGUGUCUUCCUUCACAGUCCGCGCCUCCAUCACCGAUACGUUCAACGACCGCCUUCAGAAGCGUCUACAAUCUACUGUAUUCACCGCGUACCCGUCGAUUUACCGUGCAGGUUCGGACGGAGCGGGUAAGGUUGUUGCGAUCUGGCCAGGACCCGUGACAGCAUAUUGGUGGAAGGUGAGGAAGGUUCGAUGGAGUGAUUACGAGGCGAGAGGUGCAGAGAAGUGGGAGAGUGAGAGGAAGAGAAACAGAAUCCGAAGGGUCCUCGCUUGGAUUGCGGCGGCGGUUCUUUUGGCUGCAGGGGCACAACCUUCGAUUAGGAAUACUGCGCUUGCCGUUUCUACUCCUGCACUGGAAAAGGUAUAUGGGUUCAUUCAGAACCUUGGAUUUCGAUAGACAGUGAUGUAUCUUGACUAGAUGAUAGAAAAUCCUCAUUUAUGUGUGCAUGGAAAUGAUAA